UUGACAUUUAGGUAUAAAUCAAAAUUCAUUCGAGAUAGUUGCACUAAGUAAUUCGUAGCUGUGAAUAAAAAGAAAUCAGACGACUGAGAAAAAUGAUGAAUCCCAACUUUUGUGUGGAGGCUAAUGCAGACGAUUAUACCGCAAUGUCGAAUCAUUCGUCUUCGUCCUUGGCGAAACCGGCAGAUCCACAAUGUCACAGUAAAACCGAGAACACGCAAUCGUUCAGUUACCUAGCCAAGCAAUACCAUUCAUCGCUAUUACAAUCGCUUCCGAGCGGAUCAAAAUUAUUACUUUCGCAUGAACAGCGCGCCACUAAGUCACAUCAAAAUAUGCCUCCUGCAGAUAUCGAAGGUGAACUUCAAUUAACAGCAACGAUUGAGUCAUUUGGCCUUAUCAGACAUUCGAUGAUACAUUAUUCGUCGAGCACUGAUUCUUCUUCAGACGAAGAGGAAGAGGACGAUCCUUCGUCAGACGAAGAGGACGAAGAUGAUGCUGUGGAAGAUUUCUUAAAAUUUUACGAUAAAUUGAAUGGCAACUGCGAACAAUUGUCUGAAUUGACAGUAAAAUUAGGGUUACGUGAAGUGGAAGAUGCUGAUGCGGAUGAAUUUACGGAUACAGAGGACCAGACGGAUUCGGAGGACUGGACGGAUUUGGAGGAAUAGGCGAAUGUGGAGUAUUUGUGAGACUGUGAGAGUCGUUUAUUGUCAGUACGACUCAGUGUUAUGUCCAUUUUUGCUCAUGUUAAUUUCUUGUAAAGAUCCCUCCAGAAUUUUUGUUAAAUUAAUUUCGAACCGAAUCUUUGGUUAGAUUUGUAAUUUCAAUUGUUUCUAAGAUCACACACCAAUAAAGCUACAGAAAUUGUCAACAAUUUAUUCCUUGAUCA